AUGGAUUCUCUGCUCGUUUGCACAUUCAUCGGGUUCUUGGCCCAAAAAGUGCACGGAUAUACGGCGCAUCAGGACGUUGUGACCCUGACUUCUAGUAACCAGGAAUUCGAGAUCAUGUCGGAUCCGUUCCGGCUGAUCUUCACACAGGACCCCUCGUGCACUAAGUGAGUCUCAGUGAACUUUGUAUAAUAGUUUUUUUUUAAUCUUUUUAUCAUCGGCUUUCAGGCUCUACCAAUGCGUGUGUUUCCCCACCGAGGACGCGGAAAUGCGCGUCGUCCAGAUGUUGGACGGUCUUCCCGAAUGCACAAGACAAGGUGGAUUCGUGUGUGGCGCCGAGGGCAUCUUCAGCAUUCAUCUCGCGUUGGAUGGAACCAUGUUUUCCGUGGAGAACGCGGAGCUCGCCCAUCUGCCCAAACCCAAGAUUCAGAUGCGACAGAACGCGUUGUUGCGUCAAGUGCCGGUGAUCCAGAUGCGCGUGCAGCUUGGAGGCAACUGUCAGAAGCCAGCCAAAGUCGAAGCUGUAAGUUUUGGGAGGAUUAUUGAGGUUUGAAGAAAUUUGACGAAAUGUCAAAAAAUUUAUUGGAUUUUUAAAAAUGAUUGAAGAGGGUUAAUCCCUGUUAAAAUGGUGCUUAGGCAGUAAAUUGGGUUAUUCAGGCACAAUUUUUCCAAAUUUCAAAAAUUUGACGAAAUGCCACAAAAUUUAUUAGUUUUUUGGAAUCCGAUUUUUUAAGACCAUGCAAAAUUAUUGCAGCUAAACAUGAUCUUAAAAAUUCCACAACGUUUAGAAACAACUAGAAAAGCGGAAGUCGAGCUCUAAUUGCGCCAUUAUCGAUCGAAUUUUUGUGACACUUCGCUCCAAAAAGGUGGUCUUAAAGAUACGAUCUUUUCACCCGAUCAUCCAAAAUUGAGCGACUUGAUAAAUGGUGAAUUGGAAAGAGUAGACAGUUAUCUCUCUGUUAGAGGUUCAGAAAUUUGUAUGUGUUAUUCAGUCUUUGAGAUAUUCGACUUCAAACUUCCCAAAAUUGAGAACUUUGCAAUCGCCUAGCGGGCGACGUUUAGUCACGAAUCCUACAAAAAUGGGCGAUCAGCACUACAACAUCAUUCUCAAUCAUCAUGCAAAGUUUCAGAACGUUUUCUGGCUCGAAACUCGACUUAUUGAGCCAUCUUUCCUGCUAUUAUAAUGAUUGAAAUCGUUGCCCGGGCUUUUCGCAAAAUGACAAAAUCCGUGGCAUUCCGCAACUAGAGAUAUUUUAAUUAUCAAACUCAUCAAACAUGGUGUUUUUGAAAGACAAACCAGACCUACUAUAACAAGAAAAAUUCACUGAUAGGGUCUAUAGCUUUUUUCUGUCAAGAUUUUGUUCAAUACUGGGCUAAAUUACAAUUUUUGUAAUUUCUCGAAGAAGCCAAAAAACAUUAUUUAACAGUACGCCAAACAUUUGUUUUCGUGGCGUGACGCGACCAGAAUUCCGUGAAAAAACGUUGUGUUCUGAGUUCUAUUUUUUGCAUAAGACGAGAUUUCUAACAAUUUGACGAAAUGUCACAAAAAUUAUUGAUUUUUAAAAAAUUCGGAAUUUGAUUUAAUUUGCUAAAUUUUACGUUUAAAUAUAGCUCGCAUUCCUAGAAAAAUCAGAUUCUUCAAUAUGCACAUGUUUUCGACAAUUUGACGAAAUGUCACAAAAAUUAUUGAUUUUUCAAAAAUGCCCUCAAACCUUGAAACUUCAUUUUUUUACAAUAUUUGACAUUUUCAGCAACAUCUCAAGAAAUUCACCGCUGCUCCGCCUAAUAAGGCCGAUAAAGCGGUUGGUUGUCCGGAUUGUGAUGCCUGCCACCUCGAGGGACCCGGCUUCGGAAAACCCGAGUUGUAA